UAGCGUCCUUCCCCCAAUCCCCUCAGGCUCGGCUGCGCCGGGGGCCGCGGGCCGGUUCCUGAGGUGGCCCAGGAGCCCUCCCGCCGCCGGCGCCGCCCCGGCCGUCCCUCCCCGCCGCCCCCCGCCCUCCGCCUCCGCCUCCCCCCGCCCCCCCCCCCGCCCUCCGCCUCCCUUCCCCCUCCCCGCCCAGCAGCGGUCGCUCCGGCCCCGGCUCUCGGUUAUAAGAUGGCGGCGCUGAGCGGCGGCGGCGGCGGCGGCGCGGAGCAGGGCCAGGCUCUGUUCAACGGGGAUAUGGAGCCCGAGGCCGGCGCCGGCGCCGCGGCCUCUUCGGCUGCGGACCCUGCCAUUCCCGAGGAGGUGUGGAAUAUCAAACAAAUGAUUAAGUUGACGCAGGAACAUAUAGAAGCCCUAUUGGACAAAUUUGGUGGGGAGCAUAAUCCACCAUCAAUAUAUCUGGAGGCCUAUGAAGAAUACACCAGCAAGCUAGAUGCCCUCCAACAGCGAGAACAACAGUUAUUGGAAUCCCUGGGGAAUGGAACUGAUUUUUCUGUUUCUAGCUCUGCAUCAACAGACACCGUUACAUCUUCUUCUUCCUCUAGCCUUUCAGUGCUACCUUCAUCUCUUUCAGUUUUUCAAAACCCCACAGAUGUAUCACGGAGCAAUCCAAAGUCACCACAAAAACCUAUUGUUAGAGUCUUCCUGCCCAAUAAACAGAGGACAGUGGUACCUGCAAGAUGUGGAGUUACAGUCCGAGACAGUCUAAAGAAAGCUCUGAUGAUGAGAGGUCUAAUCCCAGAGUGCUGUGCUGUUUACAGAAUUCAGGAUGGAGAGAAGAAACCGAUUGGCUGGGACACUGAUAUUUCCUGGCUCACUGGAGAGGAACUACAUGUAGAAGUGUUGGAAAAUGUCCCGCUUACCACACACAACUUUGUACGGAAAACUUUUUUCACCUUAGCAUUUUGUGACUUUUGUCGAAAGCUGCUUUUCCAGGGUUUUCGCUGUCAAACAUGUGGUUAUAAAUUUCACCAGCGUUGUAGUACAGAGGUUCCACUGAUGUGUGUUAAUUAUGACCAACUUGAUUUGCUGUUUGUCUCCAAGUUCUUUGAACACCACCCAAUACCACAGGAGGAGGCCUCCAUAGCAGAGACUGCCCUUACGUCUGGAUCGUCCCCUUCUGCUCCCCCCUCCGAUUCUACUGGGCCCCAAAUCCUCACCAGUCCGUCUCCUUCAAAAUCCAUUCCAAUUCCACAGCCUUUCCGACCAGCAGAUGAAGAUCAUCGAAAUCAAUUUGGGCAACGAGACCGGUCCUCAUCAGCUCCAAAUGUGCAUAUAAACACAAUAGAACCUGUCAAUAUUGAUGACUUGAUUAGAGACCAAGGGUUUCGUAGUGACGGAGCCCCUUUGAACGAGCUGAUGCGCUGUCUUCGGAAAUGCCAAUCCCGGACUCCCAGCCCCCUCCUACAUUCUGUCCCCAGUGAAAUAGUGUUUGAUUUUGAGCCUGGCCCAGUGUUCAGAGGAUCAACCACAGGUUUGUCUGCCACCCCCCCUGCCUCAUUGCCUGGCUCACUCACUAAUGUGAAAGCAUUACAGAAAUCUCCAGGACCUCAGCGGGAAAGGAAAUCAUCUUCAUCCUCAGAAGAUAGGAAUCGAAUGAAAACACUUGGUAGACGGGAUUCAAGUGAUGAUUGGGAGAUUCCUGAUGGGCAGAUCACAGUGGGACAGAGAAUUGGAUCCGGGUCAUUUGGGACCGUCUACAAGGGAAAGUGGCAUGGUGAUGUGGCAGUGAAAAUGUUGAAUGUGACAGCACCCACACCUCAGCAGUUACAGGCCUUCAAAAAUGAAGUAGGAGUACUCAGGAAAACUCGACAUGUGAAUAUCCUACUUUUCAUGGGCUAUUCAACAAAGCCCCAACUAGCUAUUGUUACCCAGUGGUGUGAGGGCUCCAGCUUAUAUCACCAUCUCCACAUCAUCGAGACCAAAUUUGAGAUGAUCAAGCUUAUAGAUAUUGCACGGCAGACUGCACAGGGCAUGGAUUACUUACACGCCAAGUCAAUCAUCCACAGAGACCUCAAGAGUAAUAAUAUUUUUCUUCAUGAAGACCUCACAGUAAAAAUAGGUGAUUUUGGUCUAGCCACAGUGAAAUCUCGAUGGAGUGGGUCCCAUCAGUUUGAACAGUUGUCUGGAUCCAUUUUGUGGAUGGCACCAGAAGUGAUCCGAAUGCAAGAUAAAAACCCAUAUAGCUUUCAGUCAGAUGUCUAUGCAUUUGGGAUUGUUCUAUAUGAAUUGAUGACCGGACAGUUACCUUAUUCAAACAUCAACAACAGGGACCAGAUAAUUUUUAUGGUUGGACGAGGAUAUCUUUCUCCAGAUCUCAGUAAGGUACGGAGUAACUGUCCAAAAGCCAUGAAGAGAUUGAUGGCAGAGUGCCUAAAAAAGAAAAGAGAUGAGAGGCCACUCUUUCCCCAAAUUCUCGCCUCUAUUGAGCUGCUGGCCCGCUCAUUGCCAAAAAUUCACCGCAGUGCAUCAGAACCCUCCUUGAAUCGGGCUGGCUUCCAAACAGAGGAUUUUAGUCUAUAUGCUUGUGCUUCUCCAAAAACACCCAUCCAGGCAGGGGGAUAUGGAGAAUUUGCAGCCUUCAAGUAGCCACACCAUCAUGGCAACAUCUCCUCUUAUUUCUUAAGUCUUGUGUUCGUACAAUUUGUUAACAUCAAAACACAGUUCUGUUCCUCAAAUCUUUUUUUAAAGAUACAGAAUUUUCAAUGCAUAAGCUGGUGUGGAACAGAAUGGAAUUUCCCAUC